GAGGAGCCGCUCCACGCCGGACUUUGACUCUGACACAGGUCCUGUUUCAGUCUGUGAGCUGUGUUUGUGUACGGACUCUGGUUCUGUGUUCUUUAGUGUCAGUGUUCCUUCGGUCAUGGAGCAGCAGAACCUGUCCGUGGUUCUGUACUCUCAGGGAGACCUCAGGCUGGAACCACGGCCUGUCCCGGAACCAGGACCUAAUGAUGUGCUUCUCCAGAUGCACUCUGUAGGAAUCUGUGGGUCAGAUGUGCACUACUGGCAGCACGGCCGCAUUGGGGACUUUGUGGUUAAAAAACCGAUGGUGCUGGGACAUGAAGCAUCUGGGAGAGUUGUCAAAGUUGGAUCAGCAGUCACACACCUUAAAGUGGGUGAUAGAGUGGCGAUUGAGCCUGGCGUGCCUCGUGAGAUGGAUGAGUUCUUCAAAAACGGCCGUUAUAACCUGUCCCCCACUAUCUUUUUCUGUGCCACACCCCCUGAUGAUGGAAACCUGUGUCGAUAUUACACACACAGUGCCAACUUCUGUUACAAGUUGCCUGAUAAUGUGACUUUCGAAGAGGGAGCACUGAUUGAGCCCCUUUCUGUGGGGAUCCACGCCUGUCGCAGGGCCGGCGUUUCCCUUGGCAGCACCGUGCUCAUCUGUGGUGCAGGACCUAUUGGGUUGGUCUGCCUGCUCGUGGCCAAGGCCAUGGGGGCCUCGAAGGUCGUCAUCACAGAUCUUUCUCCUGAGCGUUUGAAAAUGGCCAAGGACUUAGGUGCUGACUUCCAGGUGACGGUGAAGAGAGGAGACGCUCCACAGACUCUGGCCCAGAGUGUGGAAGACAUGCUCGAAACUCAGCCUCAGAUUACCAUCGAAUGCACGGGUGUCGAGAGCAGCAUCCAGACGGCAAUCUAUGCAACUCAUUCAGGUGGCGUGGUGGUUCUGGUUGGUCUUGGUGCUGAAAUGGCCUCCGUUCCUCUGGUCAAUGCCGCUGUAAGAGAAGUGGACAUCAGAGGAGUGUUCCGCUACUGCAACACCUGGCCGAUGGCCAUAGCGAUGUUGGCGUCAGGAAAGGUGAACGUGAAGCCCCUUGUGACCCACCGUUUCCCUCUGGAGCAGGCGGUUCAGGCCUUUGAAACCACACGACAGGGUCUUGGGAUUAAAGUCAUGUUAAAAUGUGACCAGAAUGACCAGAACCCUUGACCUGCUCAUCUGCAACAAACGUGACCAAUGGAAAGCAACUCAGAAUGACAUGCAGAUCACCUAACUUUGGACUUUGAACUCAAGAAAGAUAACAGCAGUAGUUGAAAGACAAAUACUAAUAAUAACACUGUGAAUGUGAAUGACUGUAGAUUCAGCUAACAUCUGAUGGUACGAAUAGUCAUUUUAUUAGGCUCAAAUUUCUUAUGUUUUAUAAUUAAGAUAAUUAGCUUUAUGUUGCACUUUAAUUUAGAUGGUUUUUAGUACUGUCACUGAUGUAAAACAAAUCUUAAA